AUGCGUACAUGUUUCCAUGGUUACUGGACGCUAGAUUUUCAUAGCUUCAGUAUGCCGCCCAAGAAAGAAAAGUCAUCCAAAAAGGGACGUAAACCAUCCAAGGCCCAGAAGGCGAAGCAACAGCAAGAGGAGGAGGAAAGGAGGCUGCAAGAGGAAGAGGAAGCUCGGCUACAGGCAGAGAGAGAGGAACUGGAAAAGUUGGAAAGAGAGAGAAAGGAGAAGGAGCUGGAAAAGCUAGAAUUAAAGGACAGAGAGCGCAGAGAGGAUGAGCUGAAUGAACUACGCCAUCUACUGGAGAAUAAUCAUACUGCAGUAACCAAAUGGAAAACUGAUGCUAUGGAGAAAGCCAAGUGGGAGAAGUAUAUGCAUUGUGAUGGUACCCCUGACCCAGCAGUACAGCGGGAUAUUAACACAUAUAUCAGCUUAUGGAGAGAUGACCCAGAGGUCAACAUCACAUCUGUGCUCAAGCAAUGUAACCUCGCUCUACAGCUGGUUGAGGAGCUGGAGGGUCUGCUCAGAGACGUUACAGAUCCACAACAGGGCCAGAAGUACCAGGAGGCACUCAUAAAUUUGCAAGAGCUGAUCCACUCUAAACACCACCGCACUUCUGAGGAGAUUCUCAAGAGGGCCAGUGAGAGCAUUGACACCGAAACAGGCAACAUGCAGACUGUGGUAAAAGAUGACAACAUUACACUAUGUCUGUGGGCCAACCUCAAAAAGGAUCCAAGGUUUAAAGGAUUAAACUUUGAAGAGGUCAGCCUGGGCUUUCAGCUUCCCAAGCAGUUGGCUGUGAGCGAUAUUGCUGUACGGAUUCUCCACACACACUACGACCACCUGUCUCUGCUUGCCAGGAUGGCUCACCUGAAAAUACCCACACCUAGCUCCAGGUCUCUUGCAGGGGGUGACGAAGUUCCCGCAGACAUAGAUCUACCUGAGCAGGGGGAGACAAAAGAAGAUGAGGAGGUGAAGAAUGACAAGGAGACUCAACAGCAAAGAGUGGAUGAGGAGAGUGCAGCCAGUCUCCAGCCUGCAGAAUGCCAAGAGAGUCAGAUACAGACACAGAUGGAGGCACUCGGUGCUGAGGGGGACUUAAGGUCUCACUCAGUGCAGUUCACAAUGAUGGACGGUGAUGAGCAUGCCCAGGUCGUGGACCUGAUGCAGUAUACACCUCUGGGUGGGGUCUUCUACUAUGAUGUGUUCUGUCUCCCACCACAAGCGCACCAGGUCAUCGGCUGGGAAAUUAGACAGGUGUUGGACACAGGGCUACAAGUGUUUCCCUACCCCACAGAGAGGUCCAACUUGUAUGACAAGGAGGCUCUCACCUGCCCCCCUGUCGGAGUGUCUAUGACACUCCCUGACUCUAUUGUCUUCUUGGAAACUCCCCAAGUGGCUCGCUGGGAUGCUGCAGGUAAGCAGUGGAGGAUGGACGGUAUCACUGAUGUGUCCUAUGAGGAGGAAGAGGCCAAGAUUUCCUUCAAGAUGGAAUCUUUCCAAGCUUUUGUGCUGAUGCAGGAAACUUACGCCAACCUUCCCUUCCAGAACUGGGAACUCAGGCCACUGGGCCAAGACUCUGCUGUUUUCACUGUCAACGGAGCGCUCUUUGAUUUCAGUAUCAUGAUCCAGGGUGACCAGUGCAUGUUGCAGUCAGAGCAGGAGAAAGGACCCUCUCAACUCCUAGGAAAGUGGAUGAGUGGCCCCGCCCUACAGAAAGCCAUGGUCAACGUGGGGAUCAACGUCUUUGUGAAUGAGUACACUGACAAAUAUGUCAGCACCUGUGGCAAGGACCCACUUACAGAACAUGCUGCCUACGAACAGAUGGCCCUCUUCGCCUCUGCCUGUGCUUUCUCAUGGAGCAAGUGGAAUGCCAAAUGUGGAGCUGAGCAUCUGGUCAUGCAGGUGUGUGAGCACCAAGGCCCCGCUCCUGUGCUUAGGAACUCCUGGAGUCUCUACCUGCUCGGUGCUCAGAGGAGUCAGAAGCUACAAAUUACAGAGAAGAGUGAGGCUUUCUCUCCAGACCUUUAUCCUGGCAGUGAGUUUCACUCCACCUUCAUCCACAUGCUCCAGGACAACAUGAGCACAGAAGGCAUAGCUAGGACUAGGGAAUCCAAUUAUCUGUUCAUUGAUACAGUACAGAGUCUGCUCUGUGCCACCAGACCCCUGAUGUAUUCUUAAACCUGUGUGAAAUUAA